ACCUUUAUUUAAAGAGUGUUUAUUCCCCCACCAGCCCCUCUCCUCUGUCUCUCGCUUCGGAAUUGAUACCAAGAAAUCAAUCAUUAGGAUGGGCCGCGGAGUGAGUGCUGGGGGCGGUCAGAGUUCUUUGGGCUACCUGUUUGGAAGUGGAGAGCCUGCUAACAAUUCUCAGACUGCUCGCAACCAGGAAAAGGCUCCAACUAAUGAGCCUGCCUCAAAGCCAGCUGCUGUUGCACAACCUGUGGAUAACACCAAGAAUGUUCCAGCAGGCAUUCACAGUAGCAACACAAACAACUAUUUUCGUGCUGAUGGCCAGAACUGCGGCAACUUUCUAACGGAAAGGCGUUCGACCAAGGUCCAAGCCGCACCUGGUGGUGGUUCUUCCCUGGGAUAUUUAUUUGGUGAUGGCAGCAGCAAGUGAUGUCACUGGACGUCAAGUUUCAAAAGUUUGCUUUCCCAGUUAUGUUGGAAGUAUGAAUGGAUUUCAUUUACUGCAAAUUUGGAACUUUUUUCAUAAUUGUAAUAGUGUCUAAUUGACACAGGAUUCAAACUGCUAUGUAAGUGCUGAAUGCUGUACCAUUAUUUCUGUAUCAUGGGAGUAAAAACACACUUGUUUUAUAGUUUAAUCUGUUGAAUGUGAUAUAAGAACAUUUUAUAU